CUCUCGGUCCUCAGGAAGGGGUGUUGGCUAGUCUGAAGUCUGGAAAUCAGCAAGAAGGACGCCGUGCAGGUGCAACAAAGAAUGAAAUAGGUACUCGAAUAUAAAUACGUGCAGUCUAGCAGCUCGGAGGUGACAGCUGCGCACAAUGGGAGUCACGGACGAACUCUUGCCAGCUGCUGUGCUCCGGCAGAUUGGAGAUAAGCUUUAUGAAAAGCGAAAGGUUGCGGCGCUGGAAGUGGAGCAACUCAUCAAGCGGCUCGCGGCACAGAACGAUCAACACCGCAUUCGGCUGACAGUUGACAAGCUCAUCAGCGACUAUGCAUUUUCAAGUCAGGCCAACCACCGCAAGGGCGCCCUCCUGUGCCUGGCGGCCAGUGCGGUGGGCCUGGGGGACCCCACAGAGGUGCACCUGAGGCAGAUCGUGCCGCCCGUGCUGGCGUCUUUCACAGACCAGGACGCGCGCGUGCGCUACUACGCCUGUGAGGCGCUGUACAACAUCGCCAAGGUGGCUCGCGGCACAUUCAUCCUGUUCUUCAAUGAGGUGUUCGACGCCAUGUUCAGGUUGUGCGCGGACAGCGAGGCCAACGUGCAGAACGCGGUGCAGUUCCUGGACGCGCUGAUCAAGGACAUCGCCGCCGACUGUACGCACUGGGACGUUGGCGCCUUCAUUCCCAAGCUGCGCGAUUACCUGCGCGUCACCAACCCGCACAAGCGCCAAUUCCUGCUCAGCUGGGUGGUGGUGCUGGACAGCCUGCCGCAUGUGCGCAUGCUGCGCCACCUGCCCGCGCUGCUGGAUGGGCUGCUGUCCAUGCUGGCGGAGCCGGUGCGGGAGGUGCGCACGCAAGCCGCCAACUGCCUCAAGGACUUUCUGUCCGAGAUCCGCGCCACGCCGCCCUCGGAGCUGGCGCCCGACUUCUUCAGCCGCCUCACCACCACACUGGUGGACCGCGCCGGCAGCCCGGACGAGCUGACGCGCCUCACGGCCAUCCACUGGCUGCGCUCCUUCGUGGAGCUGGCGCCGCGCCGCAUUCAUGGCCACGUGCCCGCCAUCCUGGGCGUGGUGCUGUACAACAUCUCCAGCCACAACCCCGACAUUCAGCGGGAGUGCCAGGAGGCCAACGCUGCGCUGCUGCGGCUCGAGGUGGGCAUGUGCGAUGACGACGGGCAUCCCGAAUCGGCGGCAGGGGCUGCAGGUGCGGGUGCUGGAUAUGGUGCCGCCGGCGCGCCUCACGGCAUUAUCAGCUCCAUUGACAUGGCGGCCAUCCUGGGGACCGUCAUCCUGGAAAUGCGCAGCGAGAUGGAGGCCACACGGCUGGAGGCUCUGCGCUGGCUCCAUUUCCUGCUUGCGCGGGCGCAGGACCUGGUACUGGAGCAGGUGGGCCGCCUGCUGCCGCCACUGCUGGAUUCCUUGUCGGCACCCAGCGACGCCGUGGUCACCUCGGCGUUGGGUGUGCUGGCGGCGUUGGCGGAAUGCCCCGGCCAGUUCUCGCCGGUGCUGGUGGCCCUGUUGGACCGGUUCCGCGGCGAGGCAGGCUUCGCGCUGCUGCAGCGCAGUGGCUCCAGCCUGCUGAGGCGGCUAUGCAGCCACCUGGGCGCGGCGGCGGUGCUCACGGAGCUGGGCGCCAUCCUGCAGCGUGACGCGGACAUGGGCUUCGCGGCCACCAUGGUGUCGGUUCUAAACCUCAUCCUGCUGACUGGGCCUGAGUUGGCGGAGCUCCGGGACCAGUUGCGGCGAGCGGCGAAGGAUCCCGCGGGGGCAAGGCUCUUCAGCGUGCUGUACCCGUCCUGGUGCUACAGCGCAGGCGCGCUGCUGAGCCUUUGCUUCGUGGCCCAGGCUUAUGACCACGCGGUGGAUAUUGUGCACGCCUUCGCUGACCUGCCCUUCGGUGCGGAGCUGCUAGUGCAGGUGGACCGGCUGGUGGCGCUGCUGGAGACGCCCUGCUUCACGUUCCUGCGCCUGCAGCUGCUGGAGCCGCGCAAGCACCCCUCGCUGCUGCGGGCGCUGUAUGGGCUGCUGAUGCUGCUCCCGCAGUGCAACGCCUUCCGCAUGCUCAACACCCGUUUGCAGGCCGUCCCCACGUUGGAGCUGCUCCAGCUCGGCGCCAGCCUGGGGCCCGCUGGACCUGCUGCAGGGGCCAGGAGCCUGUCGGUUGCGGAGGAUCCCGCAGCGGCCACAUGGACUGACUUUAACGCGCUUCUGGCGGUCUUCCGCGCUGCACAGCUCCGCCAAUACGAGGCGUACACCGUCCAACGGCAGCCGCCACCGCUGAUGCCCGUUGGUGCGGCCGGUUUGGGCGUCCUGUUCGCCGCGGGGGUGGCGGACCGGCCCAGUACCCUGAGCACGGCAGAUGUACGUGGUGUGCCGGCCGUGACGUCCAGUCCGAACCAACUGGUACAAGCAGCUGAGCCAGAGCCUGCAGCGAGUGGGCAAGGAGGACGCGUCGAUGCACAGCAGGCGAUGCAGCUCCACCAGCCCGCACAGGACGCGGCUGCAGAACAGGAAGCGCUGACGGCUGGCCAGGGGCAGGCCCACGGCAACCCCUUCCUCCAACCCGACGAAAUUGUACUGAGCAAGCCUGCGGGCGGGUCUCUGCAGAAGGCGGCAUCGGCGGGGAGCCAGCAGAGCUAGAGUGUGGCGGAACUACAUCAGUCAGUCUUUGGCCUUGAUUGUUGUUGAACCUCCGGACUAGGAUUGCCUGUUAUGACAGUACAGUACAGUGAAUGCAGCAGGAAAUGCUAAUACGAUAUCCAGAUUGGCGCUGUGGGAGUGGCUGGGGGGCGGUGGGCGCUGUGGGCGCAGGUAAGGGAUCGUAAAACAGAGUGCCAGCCCCAUGCCCCACGCCCAUGCCCUGAAACCCUCGGGACCGACUGACCGAAUAACCCCGACAACUGGUUGACGGAAUCCGCCUUGAUAAGGGGUUGGCUUGCCCCUUCCCCGAAGGGGGAGGGGCGGAAGCCAUUGCGGUCGCAUCGAGUUCCCGGGUGGGGCCCCCUCGGUUAUGACAGUUUUACCUUGAGUUAUUUCUCGGGAAACCCGAGCACAGCAGGCGAGUGGCAUGUGAGAACUACGCUCUGGAAUAUGUGCGUAGCGAUGCGAAACUUGGAAAAAACAGAAGCUCAGCGGUAGGACGAAGUUCAGCGGAGGAGUAACGCGCAAGUGCAGGAGAACCCACAAAGGUCUACGCAAUGACGAGCGUUGAGAAUGCAAAGGUGCAAACGCUGGCACCUAUAUUCCAACGCUUGAUUAUGGCGACAGGAUUGAGUUGCUGGACGGGCGGGUCAGUACACAGAGGUUACCAAUGUAAAGGACGUCAUUAUACUUGGACCAUAACCAGCUCAUAUAAUGUGUUGCCGCUCAAGCGGCAUCACAUCAGCACUUGUUGUGAGGCCCUCAUCCGCGCAGAAGAGCGCGAGCACCGUGGAAUAGUAUUACGUUGUGCAGUGACUGGUAGUUUUAAGGGUCCCCGUGAAGGAAGGUCGCUCUAGCGACAGCAAGGCCACUUGCAGCGUCGCAUAACGCCAACGCGGUUUACAGCGCAUUUCCAAUUAUCGCUAUCAAGUUGGGAAUGAUCUUUUUGACGCAGUAGGCUACGUCGUAGCAAUGGUGCUCGGACAAGUGGUCGAUGCGCACAUGUUCGUGCGAGGGCCAUGAACGCACUAGAACAAGCUUUCGCGGAGUACUCAGAAGCCGUCGCCCAGCUUGGAGACGUGGGCGAUAACAUUGGCGUGCUCGAGAUACACUAUGUAGACGAGGGCCGGGCACGAACCGCUGCAGCUACCCUUCUCGCGCAGUACACAGCCUCUAACCCUCUACCAGGACGCAGUCGGCCAAGUGGGGAGGAGGAAGCCUUGCACUUGCAUAUACCGCGAUAUGAUGCGGUCUGCGCCUCGACUUCAGAACGUAACGCUACCUGAACACUUGUGGGGAGAUGCAAUAGCUGUGCACUGGGUUGCGCGCGCGCUGGCCUUGAACCUGACAGUGCGGACAUCCGUAAUGACAGAGCCAGAAGUGUAUGCGUUUGGAGGGACACAACCUA